AUGGCGCCUCGUAUUGGAUGCUUAACCAACCAUGUGAAGCCCAGGAGGCUCCCUGCAGCCCAGGAACAGUGUCGGAAGCGUCUCCACCUCCACGAAACAAAGCUGUCCACAGAAGUUCACGGCUUCAUUCACACCAAACACCAACACCACAGCACUAAUAACCAACACCACAGCACCAAUGACCACAAAACCAAACACCAACACCACAGCACCAAUGACCACAGUACCAAACACCCACACAACAGCACCAAACACCAACACAACAGCACCAAUAAUCACAACACCAAUGACCAACACCACAGCACCAAUGACCACAGCACUAAACACCAACACCAUAGCUCCAAUGACCAAAGCACCAAACAACAUUACCACAGCACCAAUGGCUACAGCACCAAACACCAACACCACAGCACCAAACACCAAUACCGCAGCACCAAACACCAACACCACAGCAUCAAAAAUACAGCAUUCAGCACCACAGCACAAGAACUGUCGGAAACAGAACCAAUGGAGAAAAUGAGGGAGAGAGAACCAGCGCCCUCUGUCUCUCAAGAAGUUAAUAAGCUGGUUCCAUAUAUCCUGGUGGCUGUGUUGGCGGCGGUGGUGGUGGUGGUGGGGGAGCAGGCUUCCAGGAAGGCAGUAAGGAUCAUGAGGCAACAAGUGGAGACAGAGAGAUCAGCGGCGACGCCUGAGGAGGAGGAGGUGUCGCUGACGGCCUUUGAGAAGCGAGCCAGCAGCACCACUCUCUGCCUGCAGCUGAGUGCCUCGCCUCAACAUCCCUACAAGAAGUACCAUGAGCACGAUGCAUUGUUGCCUUAGUUGUUCGUUGUGAGGGACU